AUGGGUGCCAGCGACUCAAAGCUUGUGUUCAAGAAAGGUAUCUUCAGGUUGUCAGAGGAGCGCCACAUUCCUGCCGACGAUGGCUUCUGGGCUUCUUUCUGGAGGUUGCCCGAGUCUGCCGAAGACGUCUUCAGCCUUUUCGCCCCCGCCGACGUCCGCCGUACCCGCGACAAUGCGCUUGAGAACCUCGAGGCGCUAAUACAGGCCGUCACGGCGCGUCUGUUCCUGCUCCGCCACCACCCAUCGUUUCCCGACCCCGAGCUUGCCCCAGCCCAAGAAGCGCUGAAUUGCGUCCGCGUUCUCACAAGGGUUCUUCCUUUUGUCUAUGAAAAGGAGUCGCUCCAGGCAUGGGAGGACAAGCUGUUCUGGGCUCCGCGGCGCAAAAAGACUAGGAAGUCGUCCAUUGCCAACGAAGUGCUCUUCGACGGAGCGCAAGAUGGCCAAACGCGGCCAGCGACGGAUGAAUUCGAGGAUGCAAGGCCUCUAGGCGAGGAGCUCCUCGACACUCUGCUCGAGCUGCUCUUCUUCUCCGACCUCACAGUCCCAAAAGCGCCACGAGGCAAGCCGAAGGUCACGUAUGCCAUCUGGCAAAGCGGUGUCGGCUGUAAUGCGUCCAUCCCGACUACCAAGGAGCACGAGAGCAACCGUUGCGAGAUCUUGCGUUUGCUCCUGACUUUCACGGGUCAGAGCAUGUAUCUGUCACCGAGCGUCUUGCCGCAACAAGGGACCAAGGCUCUCACCUACCUGUGUACCUGUUCUGACAAACAGGUGGUUCUAUCCGUGCUAUGCUCGCUCCUAAACACCACACUGAAAUACAACCCGGCCAGUUGGCGGGUUCCCUACAAUGCCCUAGUCCUCAAGGACCCCAAGGAGAUCCUCGUUGUCUACACCCUGCAAUUCCUCCUAGCCAUGUUGCUAUAUCCCAUCCCUGAGCAGGCAGGCGUCGCAACACCCAAGAACUUUUACCGCCAUUUCCUUGGCCGCCUCCACAGGCCCCAGGAUUUCCAGUUCAUCGUGGAUGGGAUGACGCGGAUACUAAACCAGCCGUUGCAAGCCACCGCCUCCUACCUUCCCGGGGCCCAGGCGCCUGUGAGAUUUGCCCCAGAGAUAAAAAUGCUGUUCUGGGAAAUCACCCAGUGUAACAAGCGCUUCCGCUCCUUCAUCGUGGACACGGAGCGAGCACAUGACUUCAUCAUCUUGAUUUUAUUCUACGCCCUCGAAUACAAGAAUGACGCGUCAAAACAAGGGGUUGUUAGGAUGUGUGCCUUCCUCCUGCAAACGCUCAGUAUGGAGAAGAACUUUGGUGUGAAUCUAAACAAGGCAUUUGAGGCCCAAGACACGCUUCCUCCUGCCAUCCGAAUCUCAGGCUUUGUUGGCACCUACGGGGACUUUCUUAUCCAGUCCAUCUACGGCCUCAUUACGACAAGUCAAGGUAGACUCACCGCCAUCUAUCCUGCCCUCUUAGCGGUCAUCAACAACGUUGCCGCUUACCUUGAAGGACUCAGCGCUCCUACAUGCGCCAAGAUCAUGCAGCUCUUCAACUCCAUGUCGUCCCCGUCGUUUCUCCUAGCCAAUGAGACCAAUCAUAGCCUCUUGCGGUCAUUACUCGAAGCCAUCAAUGCGAUUAUUGAGCAUCAAUACAGCAAGAAUCCGUUGUUUAUUUUAGCGGUACUGCGCAACAGGAAGAAAUUCGAGGCCUUACGUUCCUUGACGUUGGAAAGCGGCCAACAAGAGAUAGAAAGACGGAAUCGGCGGAGAAAGGACGGUGCUGCCUCACACGACCCGUUAGACCCCAACUCAACUAGAAGUUCGAUGGAUAGUACCAGGAGUCCAUCGGCGCCUCCCUCCCAAACCCCGACACAUGGCAACGCUACGGCGGAUGAUGCCGCAUUUGCAAUCGGGGACGAUGAUGAUGACAGCGACGAUGAAGAACGGCCGACACCGGCAGCAUCAAGUCCAAGCGAAAACCCUUCCGCCGCUUCUUCUGUCGCAUCAGCCGCCGACGAUGAUGUGCCAAGGCAGAUACAGGGCAUGUCGGAGAAGGCGAGAGGGAAACUGCCGGCGGGCGCACAUAGCUUCUCUCGCCAUAACAGCACGCCCAGCCUGGGCAGUGCUACUCCGGGCCAAUCCCAGUCUGGCGUAUUCGAACCCUCGGCGCAGUGGAUCGAAAGUUGGCUGCUAGAGUUACCACUGCAUACUACCCUGACGCUAAUACAGCAGCUCUCAGCCCUAAUCCCAACCUUACGCCAGGCGAUCUCGUCGGAAGCGCCGCUACCUGCGGCUUUGAGCAAGAUUCGAGAAGCACAGCUUGUUGGAAUCGAGCCAUCGCCGAUCAGGGUACACUCGUUUGAGUGGUCACCGCUGGCUCUGGGGUGGUACGAGUCGCUGCUUUGGGGGUUCAUCUUUGCCAGCGAGAUGCAGGUUUCCAAGGGGACCGUGGGCGUAUGGAAUACGACGCAAAUCAAGCUCUUCCGGGUACAGGAAACGGCGCCACAGGGCCCUACGCUUACUUCGCCGCGGGGCGCUGUCGACGCAGUAGGGAGCAAUAUCGUGUCGCGUAUUGGGGCCAUCAACUUGCGGCCAUCGCCGGGAUCAGCACCUGGAAACGGACAAGCUCCUGCGCGGGUCGUUUGA